UUCUUUCCGGUGCUGGGGAUUGAACCCAGGGCCUUGUGCUUGCAAGGCAAGCACUCUACCAACUGAGCUAUAUCCCCAGUCCCUUAUUGGCCCAGCUUGGUGACAUUUCCCUGGACCACCAGGUUCCCAGGACAUUUAGAGCAGGGACUUUUCAUCAUAAACAAUAAGAAUUGAUUUUAAUAAAAGUGGCUGGGGCCCUGGGCAGGUUGAAGCAACCUCACUUGCCACUCAGGUACUGAUCAGAUGCGGGAGGGAAAAUCAUCCCCACCCCUGGCCUAGUUUCAGUCAGGGCCCCAUUUAGAGCCUGAGAGGUUAGACGACAGAAAGAUGUGCCGCCUCGCACGGAAUGGGACGCACUCCCCAGGGGAAGCCCGGCCAGGUCGGGGAAGAAGAAGCUCUAUCACCGAGUGAGGCCAGGGGAAGGUUAAGAUGAGCUCUUGAGUCUGGAAUUUGGCAAAUGGAGUUCUCCAACACACAAUUUUCCAUUCCUGGGCAAGGAGAGGCUGAGGGGGAAGGUGGAGAAGUGUUUGGAUGCUGAGGUGGGGAGCCAGGUGAUGCCCGGAGAGGAAGGGACUCAGUCAGUGGGCCCCUCCCACCCCGCUCCACAUCCGGGUCUCAUUACUCUGCCACACACAGGUGGAAAAAUGUUCUGGGAUGUUUUUGUAGCACAAAAGCAGAUACCAGACCCCUAGGUGCUUCCCUCACAGGGCUUCCACAUCAGCACUAGAAAAGAGGGAUGUGCAGACAGGCAUUCCCACACACAGGUGGCCCGAGGUCUCACCCAGUCAAUAUGUGACCCUCUAGGCCCUGCACCUGGCACAGUGUCACUGGGGCCUGGAGGACUCUGUCACCAGUAAAAUCUGAUACAAGUGAAAAAUAGGCCAUAGAAUCACAAUUUGUGGAUAAUUUGGAAAAUGGCAGACAUCAAACAAAGCAGAACAACUGAAUGUGGUGGAAAUAAACGGCACAAAACCCGAAACGAUAAAGGCUAAUAUCACGCAUGGCAAAAUCAGUUAUUGAUUCCAGAUUGACCAGGGAAGCUGAUUUUCCCGACAAUAUCAGAACUACACAUUUGACCCAGGAAAGCUGGAGGCAAAGAAAAUACUGGUCACAAGAGAAAACCCCCAACAAAGAUACCAUUGUUGGAAUUGGGUACAGCCCUCCAAAACUGAGGAACAAAAUCUUCCUCGUGAAAUUUACAUGGAAAAUCAUUGAUCUCAACUUGGGGGGAGGGGGAGUCUGCAAAAAAAAAAAAAAAUGAACAUAGAAAAUAAAAGCAAAGCCUUUGGACUGCUUCGCCUAGAGAGUUAUUUGAGCUAUGAAAUUGACUUACAUAGAUCAAGGAAUUACAUUUCUGUGUACUCUGGAAACCAUAUUCCCCAUAAAAAUGGUGUGGGCAUAAUUCUGCUGUUUAAAUGUUUGUAUCCUCCGACUCAGAGGAACAAAGACCCAGAGGGCAGAGAUGGCCCGAUCAAGAUGGGGGCGGUUAAAGCUGAGGGCUGGGAACACCCUGAAGUUCUCUGCGCACGUGUAGGUAUGUGCGUGCACACCAGUGUGGACCCAUCCAUCGGCCCACACAGACACAGCCCUCCUCCACCGGGCACCUGGCAGGUCAGAUGCCCACACAUCAGGCUGCCCUCCUGUCUGCCCCACCCAGGAAGAAACAAUGGGGCCACUGUGACCCCUGCAGGAUUCUGGCGGCCUCACAAUGUCUCCCUGAGGUCACCGCAGAGAUAAACUCACCAGCCCUUGAACCCACAGCAUAAGUCUGCUGAGGCCAACCGUGGGUGAUCACCUCGGUCCUCCUCCUGGCCACCCAGGGGAAGGCGUGGCCGAAGCCCUACAAGGAAGCCUCUGAGGAGACCGGGAGCCAGGACGCAGCUCGCCCACCACAGAGUGCGAGGCAGUGGAGACUUCCGGCCGCCAUCCUGGAGGUCCCCGCACCGAGCUCCCUUCAGCCAUCCCAGGGAGAGAUGCAGAAAGACACUUCGCUGCAGUCCCCAUCUAUACCCUCGGCCUCAAACGCUACCAUGGGUGGAGGCCGGCAGGCCAGUGCAUCAGGAGUCCCUAACAAGAGUGAGAAUGGACACGGCCCCUCCCCCAAAGCCCACCGGAAGCCCAGUAUGUCCAAGGUGAUCAUGAGGGCUAUGGCAGACAAAGGGACACGCAACCGUGUAUCCCUGGCCGCUCUGAAGAAGGCUGUCACCAGCAAUGGCUACAACAUGACCCACAACAUCUGGCGUUUCAAGCGUGUGCUCAAGAAGCUGGUGGACAACGGUAUGCUCCAGCAGGUGACCGGCAGGGGAACCUCAGGCUCCUUCCGCCUGGGCAAGAAGCAGGCCUCCAAGCUUAAGGCCAAGAGAAGACAGCAGCGGCGGCGGUCCAGCCAGCGCCGGUCUGGGCAGCGCCGGUCUGGGCAGCACAGGUCACUACUGGGCUCCAAACAGGGCCACAAGCGGCUUUUCAAGGGGGUUCGCAGGGUGGCCAAAUGCCGCCGCCAUUAACAAGGCAGGCCAGCCAAGCAGGCCGGAGUGCCGGGCAGCCACAGGCUCAGGGCAGUGAGAAUAAAAAA